UCAUAUGUUCAUGGAUCGUGCUUAUGAAAGGAGUAAAUAUAAAUAAGCUACCAAUAGUUAAAAUAUAAGUUACUCAAAUUUAUAAGGAUAACACUAAAUUCCUACUAUCUAGUAUUACAUAUCUUAAAAAGUGAAUUAAAUAAAUAAGCAAGAAAUGUUGUCGUUAUUGACAAACAAUUUACUGAUUUGUCAUUUAUCAGUGUUAUAAAAUAUACCUAAAAAAAUAAUUUAUUAAAAAUAGAUUUUACGUAAUGACAUAUUAUUACAUAAAUUUUAUGUUACAUAUGUACUGAUAUGUACCAAUAUAUUUUUUAAUCGUGACAUUAAGAAGAAUACAGCUCUAGUUUCUUAGUUAUGAUCCUUUUAACUCAUGUUAACACUUUAUAAAUUGUAAUAAAUAACAAUUUUUAAUUAGGUAUAAUUAUAUAACCGAUAGUGUAAUGAAUUUCAUAUAAUUUUACGAAUGCUUUUUAAAAAAAUGUUAUUUCUCUAGCAAGCAUACCUCACAUAUCUAUCGAAGAUAAACAUGGCAAAGAAUUCGUUGUCAGAACAAUUCUCCUUGAAGUGGAACAAUUUUUCUAAUAAUUUAACAUCUGGGUUUUUAAGUCAUCUUAAUGAAAAUGAUCUAGUUGAUGUUACACUUGCAGUGGAAGGUCAAUUGUUACAAGCACACAAAUUGGUUCUGUCAGUAUGUAGUCCAUACUUUAAAAAUAUAUUUAAGGAAAAUCCUUGUCAACAUCCAGUAAUUAUACUUAAGGACAUGAAGUAUAAUGAAAUUGAGUCAUUACUGAAAUUCAUGUAUCAAGGUGAAAUAAAUAUCAAUCAAGAAGAUUUAUCUACUUUCCUAAAAGUAGCACAAACAUUACAGAUAAGAGGACUCACAACAGAAGAUACAAAUAGCACAAAAUCGUUUCCUAGUUGUGAUAUUCAAUCAGACAUUGAUUGUAAUAUACAAAAUGUUGCUCAAUCAAAUUUAAGUACAAUAAAUAGAACUUCCAAAGAAAUAGAAAUGAUAGAUAGAAGAAAGAGAUCCCAUGACAUGACAAAAAAAAGUUAUAAGAGAAAAAAACAAGAUAUGUCCUUAACAGCAGAAAAUAUUCAUGAUCUAUCUAAUGAGAAAGUAGAUAAUGAUAAUCAAGAAGUUCUGUUUUUGACGACUGACACAAACAAUGAGACAAAUGAAAUUGUAAAUGAGGGAGAAAAUAUUAAUAUUCCUGCUAUAAAAAUCAAUGAUAAUAAUAAAAGCGAUGAUAGCCCUUUGCUACCUUUUCCCUUGAAUACUGAAAAUUCAAGAGAAAAUUCAACUCAGCAAGAUGUUGAACCAGUAAUUUACAGGCUUUCUGCACGAGGUCGACCACAAUUAGUGCAUGAGGGUUAUGUUUACAAUUUGACUUCUCGCUCUGAGGGUUUGAAUAGGUCUCAUUAUAGGUGUGCUGAACAGCAUCGUGGUUGUAAAGGUAAAUGUGCGGUUAUUGCAGAAAGAUUUAUGCCUACAGGUGUACAUGAUCAUAAUCAUCCACCUGGCUAUCAAUCAGAACAUGAUUACAGAAAAAAGAAAGGUUUAGAUGUAGAUACUUCUUAAAUCAUAAAUAUUUUAAGCUUGUAAACAGCAUUUUAUCAUAUUCUUAUUUUGUUACUGAAACUUUAGUAAAAAUGAAAAGUUCUUUCCGAGUAAUAUUGGCAUAUAGUAUGGCAUAUAAUUCUUCAUAGAAAAGAAGCAUACAGUUAGGAAAUAUUCAUUUGCUGUGCAAUUUUAUAAUAAAAAUAAAAAUUUAGUACAUUGCAAUAUUGAAAAAAUUGUACAUUUAUAACUAUACAUAAUAGUAACAUAACAAGCCAAUGUGGUAUAUGGACCACUGUAUUUCAAUAAACUGUGAUGCACUUUUUUGCGAUAUAUAUAUAUAAAGAAAAACAA